AUGCGGGCCGACUUUGACAGCAACGGCAGCACCGUGCAUAGCGACAGCGUCACUCUAGGAUCCGAGUACCCAGGCAGCGUCAUAAUCGGGAGCACGUCCACUCAAAGUUCCUGGUCUAGUCGCAAAGAAACAAGUGCAGAGACCUUUAUGGAAGUACACCAUCCUACACUUGGGGAUCUGAGAGCACUGGUGAAUACAUUCUGCAAUAUUGAACUAAGAAGAAUCCCCGCCAAGGUCGUUGUUCGCACCGGUUCCAUAACGGGUAUCUAUGCAGGAAGGGAUAUUCAUACAUCAGUCAGUGUGCAGCUCCCAUCUUCUGCUCUCCUAGCUGAAGACGCUUUCAUCAUUCCGAGGACCUGA